UGGCGACGUACGCACGAUGUGUACGGUCGGUAGUUGACGGUGCGCUGCAGUGACGUGAAGCCAGCUUGUGUAACUUCUGUCGGAAGCUCUUCAGUAAGUCUGCCGACAGCACCAGAGACAAGGUUAAAAUGCUGUGUUCUGCUCUUGCGAAAAGGCUGGUAACAGGGGUGUGCCAGGCAGCAUGGAGACCAGCGGUCACAGGGCUGGUAUCAUCUCGUGGUUACAAAGGAGACGCUCCUGACGACACCAGGGGUGAUCUGAUUGAGAUUCCUCUGCCCCCCUGGGAGCAGAAGCUGGACGAGCCCACUGACAUCAAGAGACGCAGACUUCUCUAUGAGAGUCGUAAGAGGGGCAUGUUGGAGAACUGCAUAUUGCUCAGCCUUUUUGCAAAGCGAUACCUGAACACAAUGAGUGAGAUCCAGCUGCAGCAGUAUGACAGACUAAUUAAUGAACCAAGCAAUGACUGGGACAUCUACUACUGGGCAACAGAAGCUCAGCCCACGCCUGACGUUUACCAAGGAGAGGUCAUGGAUAUGCUGAAGGAGUUCACAAAGAACCGCAACCAAGAACAGAGGCUGGAUGCACCCAGCUUGGAGUACCUGGAAAAAGAAAGCCAGUGAGGUCCUUGGCCCUCCAGACCUCAGAGACACAUUGAAGGAGGUGUAUUGAGUGAAUAUGAGUGCAUUAAGCCUCCAGAAAAAAAUCCUCCCAAAGUCAGCAGAGCUGCUUCAGUUACCCACAGCUGUAUCUACAAAACACAGUGGAGUGAAGAACAUUUGGGGUACAUAUGUAUCUAAUGCUGUCCAGCUGUUUCCAUGAAAUAAUGCAGCCAUAAACGGCGGGUUCCACCAUGCCAUCUGUGUACUUGGUCAUUAUAGGGAGAGAGGAAUUCAAUAAAAUGGAGGGAAGUCUGAUGCAAUUCAACAUGAGGGAGGUGUUCUGAAUAUUUGUACAUAUUCAUCCAGGUCUGUAAAUUCAAGCAUCUCAGUGUGUGAGAGUCUUAUUAAGCCAGCUUUGAUAAAUGCACACAAGCUGAUCUGUGCGAUGCUUUCGCUGUGCCUGUUCCAGACAUUAUGGGUUAUUUAAUAAAUGUUCAUGCUCUA